GAAGUUAAUGCAAAGGACAUUACUACAAAAAAAUGGGAGGAUGGAAAACAUGAUAUGUUGAUUCAAAUAUAAUAAGUAGAGGCGUUAGAAGAUUGAAUUAGAUGCGCUAUUAGGACAAAAUAAUUCAAUUGAAUGAGUUUUCGAAUUCUAAGAGGUAUUCGAGGGGUAUCCAUUCCUUUCUUCAUUCCUUCAAUGCCAAUAGACUAACUACGAUACGAAAAGGCAGUAGAAUCUAAUUCAACAAAAAAGGCAAAUCAGUUAGAUAUGAUGUUGACAUAUUCAGGAUGGAAAGUUUUGAAUGACGUGUAUUUUGUAAAAUAUCGCAACAAUAAAUAUUAUCUUCGCAAUUUGAUUGAAAAAUCUACAAUUUACUAUAGACGGUAUCAAAUAGUACGAGGCUUGUCUGUACACCUAGGAUGUACAUACACAAAAGUUUUAAAAAGUCUAUCUAUAGUAAUUGACAAUGUCAAAAAUAUGUGUGAAAAACAAUUAGAUGAAAACGACAUGAUAAAUGGAUGCAUUUGCACCGAAGAACUCGUAUAUAUAAUAUCAAUGUUAUUUGUUCCAAUGGUAACAUUGAUGAAAGGUGCCAUGGACGCUCUAGAUUUAUUACAUGACAAACCUUUGGUUACUUGUGAUAGAAUUUACUACACAGUAGGUAUUUUAUUAGGGAGAAUAGAAGAUAUUCUUGACAAAUUUCUAGAACGGUCUUUAUCGCAUAAAGAAUUAUCUUCAUAUCCUUGGACAUUAAAUAUGGUAGAUUUUUUAUUGAAAAAAAAAAUCAGUAAUGUAAUCAAUAAAGAUAAUGUAUAUUGUGAUUUUGUACCUUAUGAUACGAAUUAUUUAUGGAAUAAAUGGCUUCAAGAAUAUAAUAACAUUAUUAACCAAGGCACAAAAUUAGUAUUUAUCAAGUUCGUAACCAGAAAAGUUAAGGAUUUUAUCAGAAGUGUAAUUAUAGAAAAGUAUUUUCAAUUGGGAUUCAAAUUUGAUCCAAUUACUGAAGAAACAUUUAUACCAAAGGAGUCAAUUGAACUAGAAUUGGAAUUUAAAGUAUCUGAAAAAGGACUUCCUAUGAUUUUACAAAUAGAAAAUCAUUAAAUGUUGUAAUAAAAUUAAUUUUGUCUUACAUUUAUAUUUUAUAAUUAAUCACUAUUUACAUAAUGAUUUGAUGAU